AUGAGCUCUGAAAAUGAUCCCCUACUUGCCGCAUUGGCUUCCGAAGAAUCGCCGGAUGUCGCGCAACCAGUGGACGAGGAACGGGAAAGGGCUCUGACCCAGUUCAAGAACAAGCUGAUCGAACACAGACAAUGGGAGUCGAGACUGAAACAAUUGCGGAUGAGCAUACGAGGACUGGACAAGGAUUUCCAGAAGACGGAGGACGAUAUCAAAGCAUUGCAGAGCAUUGGCCAGGUUAUUGGUGAGAUUCUGAAGCAGCUCGACGAUGAGCGGUUCAUAGUAAAGGCCUCUUCGGGACCACGUUACAUCGUUGGAUGCAGGAGCACGAUCAAGAGAGAGAAACUCAAGCAGGGAGUCCGUGUGGCGCUGGAUAUGACCACUUUGACUAUCAUGAGGAUCUUGCCAAGGGAGGUUGAUCCUCUAGUUUACAACAUGACCACGUUUGAGCCCGGUGAAAUCUCGUUUGGCGGAAUCGGUGGUCUGACAGAGCAAAUCCGUGAGCUUCGUGAGGUGAUUGAGUUGCCUUUGAAGAACCCAGAACUGUUUUUGAGAGUUGGAAUUAAACCACCAAAGGGUGUACUCUUGUACGGGCCUCCCGGUACCGGAAAGACACUUCUGGCGAAGGCAGUGGCAGCCACCAUCGGUGCGAAUUUCAUUUUCUCGCCAGCCUCUGCAAUUGUUGACAAGUACAUUGGUGAGUCUGCCAGGUUGGUGAGGGAGAUGUUCAGCUAUGCCAAGGAACACGAGCCUUGUAUCAUAUUCAUGGAUGAGGUGGAUGCCAUAGGAGGCCGUAGAUUCUCCGAGGGUACCUCUGCGGAUCGUGAGAUCCAACGUACUUUGAUGGAACUGUUGAACCAGAUGGACGGUUUUGAUUACUUGGGCCAGACCAAGGUUAUCAUGGCCACCAACAGACCAGACACCUUGGAUCCAGCUCUGUUGCGUGCCGGUAGAUUGGAUCGUAAAAUUGAAAUCUCGCUUCCCAACGAGAGUGGAAGACUGGAGAUCUUCAAGAUCCAUUCGGCAAAGGUAAGAAAGCAGGGCGAGAUCGAUUUCGAAGCCGCCGUCAAGAUGUCAGAUGGAUUCAACGGAGCAGAUAUCCGCAAUGUGAUAACCGAAGCUGGUUUCUUCGCUAUUAGAGAAGAGAGAGACUACAUCGUUCAGGGAGACCUCAUGAAAGCCGUUCGCAAGGUAGUUGAGAGUAAGAAGCUGGAAGGUAAGCUUGAUUACGAGAAGCUGUGA